CAAAUGUGUACUUCCGGUCUACAACCCGGAGAGAAAACAAACGAAUAAAUCCACGGAUUUCAUCAAGAUUUUUGUCAUGUUAUGAUAUCUGAGAAUAUAUGAGACCGCACCAUCAUGCAAGGCUAUCACCAAGGUCAAGGUCAGUGGCCAGGAGGUUAUGACAGAGGAAUGUCUGUGGUCAACCAAAGGGGAAGGGCAGAUGAGAAUCCCCCUGAUGGACGGUACAGCGAGAUGGAAACUGAUUCCCCCACGAUGAGCAUGGUUACCCAUGCAUUGAAGACCCUACGAGAAAUGCAUCGUUCUGAGGGUAGGAAACGGCCAGCGCAGCAGGGCUUGAGGGGAGAUUUUAGUGGAUUUCCUGAUGCCAAGACUUCACGUUAUGAGUCAGGAGGUCCACCAGACUCCAUGGGUCAAAGUCAGGAUGACAGCUGGAGGUGUACUAAGUGUAACAGUAAGAACAUUGAAGGAAGAAACUAUUGCAUCCAUUGCUACUCAUCUCGGGAAGUUGGAGACCAACCUUCUGAGGGUCGUGCAAAGGUGGAUGAAGAUAAGACCAGGACGCUCUACGUGUUCGACCUCCAACCGACAACAACAACGACUGAUCUGUUCAGGCACUUUUUCCAGUGGGGAGACAUGAUGAAGUUCCACGUAUAUAAUGAUCCUGAUGGACAUUCUACAGGUUCUGGCGUUGUGCAGUACAUCCGCCAGGAGGACGCUCAGGCUGCUCUCGCUGCUGGUCCACACUUCAUCCAGAAGAAACAGGUUACUGUCUCGGACAAAAAGAAGGCAGAUACGAGGACAAAUGAAAGGCAAAGGGAGAUGAUGAAAGCUGCAGAAGAUCCAAAAACAGCAGCUGCUCGAGCAUCUCUGGAGUCCUCACAGAACAAGCUGUUUGUGUCCAACAUACCUACUGGCGUGACUUCCUCCGAACUGACAGAGCACUUCUCGAUGUGGGGGAAAAUCCACUCAUGCCACAUAGGAGGAAAUGUUGGGCCAAACAACAACUAUGGCUUUGUUCGCUUCAACAAUGAAGAAGAUGCUCUGAAUUGUUUGAAUGCGCCCCACACACUGCAAGACAGGAGGCUGUUUGUACAGGUGUCAGACAAAAGCAAACAUUUGAAAAAAGCUGCAAAAGAUCCAAGGGAAAUGUCAGCUGCAGCAUCAUGCCAGUCCAAGAACCUUCCAUGGAAAAACAAGAAAUGUCAACUUUUUGUCACCAAUGUCCCUAUCGGGACCACCCAAGAGGAGGUGUACGACCAUUUCGUGAAUUGGGGAGACCUGGAUAAAUACAUAGUCAGACCAACUGCCACAAAUAAGAUGAUAGCGUUUGUAUCCUAUGUGAACGAAGUGGAUGCUCUGCGAUGCUUGGAUGCCAUUCACUUUAUCAAAGGCAACCGGUGGUAUGUGCAAUGGUCCAACGAGAGUAAAGUGAUGCAGGAACCACCUAGAGCUUCCGACUCUCAUAAAUCUGAUGUCACCCGGGAUGCUCCUGCUAGACCUGCAAGAUCUCCCCAGGAUGCUCCUGCUAGACCUGCCAGAUCUCCCCAAGAUGCUCCUGCUAUACCUGCAAGAUCUCCCUGGGGAGCUCCUGCUGUACCUGCAAGAUCUCCCCAAGAUGCUCCUGCUAGACCUGCAAGAUCUCCCCAAGAUGCUCCUGCUAGACCUGCAAGAUCUCCCCAAGAUGCUCCUGCUAGACCUGCAAGAUCUGCCCAGGAUGCUCCUGCUAGACCUGCAAGAUCUGCCAGACCCGCCAGUCCUGCUCCCCCUCUUGCUGCCCCCCCAACUCGGAAGCUGAGUAUAUCAGGGUUGACAACACGGACCUCCAAUGACCAGCUGCUGUGCUACUUCUCCCGAUGGGGCAGUAUCGAGGACUACGAGUUGGAGAAGGAUACAACAGGGAGACCAACUGGUUGUGCACUUGUUGUAUUUGGAAGACAGUGUGACGCAGAGACAGCAGUAUCAGCCAAGCCACAUAUUAUUGAUAUGAAGGAGAUCAAAGUCACCUACACCAAGCCUUCCAAGAGACAGCCAUCUGAAACCUUUCCAUCUAGGAGGGAACAAAGACACUCUCAAACUGUUCAACGACGAAGAUUGCCUGAAACUGUCAAAUCACAAAGAUUGCAUGAAGUUUGCCAUCAACAAGAUGCUAUGGAGCCACAAAGGUUGCCUGAAACUGUCAAAUCACAAAGACUGCAUGAAGUUUACCAUCAACAAGAUGCUAUGGAGCCACAAAGGUUGCCUGAAACUGUCAAAUCACAAAGAUUGCAUGAGGUUACCAAUCAACAAGAUGCUGUGGAGCCACAAAGGUUGCCUGAAACUGUCAAAUCACAAAGGUUGCCUGAUAAUGUCCUGUCACGAAGGUUGCCAGAAACCUUCCAGUCAAGAAGGGUACCUGCAGAUAUACGGCAACAAAGGUUACCAGAAUGGAACCGGCCAAGGAUGUUGCCUGAAGAUGUCCAGCAAAGAAGGCAGUCCAGCCCAGAACCUUUUGUUCCAGGUUUGACACCAGCAGACAGUGUCUCAUAUAUUCCAUUGGGAACUGAAUAUGACUGCAAUGUUUCUGGAUGUUUCUAUAGAGGAACAUCAUUGCAGUUUGAGCGUCACUGGACAGAGCGACAUGAAGCAAAGGUUCUCUAUCUCAUCUGUUCAUUUUGUAGUAUGGGAUGUGUAGAUGCAGAUGAUCUUUGUGAACACCUGGAUUUCUUUCACGGGAUCGAGGACAAAAUAGAAAUGUCAAAAUUUCUACAAAACACUAAACGAGAAGAGAGAGAUAACAUUCACUUUGUCAUGCCAGGCAAUGUGACAAAGGAAACCUGUAUGAGGGUUACAGAGCCUGUUCAACAUGAACCAACCAGAUCAAAAGCUCCACACCAACAAGAGAAAGAUGCUAAAGAUGUCCACAAGUGCACAGAAUGCACAUUUACUGGCACUAUGGAUGAGUCCCUUAACCACUGGAACAAAAACCAUGCUUCUGAGCUAGUUUGUUUGAGGUGUCCAAUAUGCCCUAAAACUUUCACAAAGAAAGCAUCUCUUGAGUUUCAUAUCAAACAUGUGCAUCGGAACAUAAAGAUGCAUAUGGAAAAAGAACCAGAAGAUCUUGAGGCUGACUUGGAUGAGUCUCAGAAUUUUAAUCUCAGAAGUAGUCAGCAUAAAUUUCAAAGAGAAGAAGUACCCAGAUCCCAGACACACAUACAAACAAUUUCAGGAAUGGGUUCGAGAAGGACUUAUGCUGGAAACAGGUCUACAAAGACAAAGCCCACAGCUUCAUCCACUGCACCACUGCAGUCUGGCCAGAAUGUGUCAAGGCCCAACUUGGUACCAAGAUUGCCAACCCAGCAGCCUGUUCCCAGACUUAAUCCUCCACCUCUGGCAACCCAUGUGCCACUUACUCCACAAAAGCAUAUUCAGUCUCAACCAACAAUUGUCAGUGCUCCGCCAUUGUCAUACCGACACCCAGUUCAUCCUCCAACAAGUAUAACCACCCAACAAGCAGUGCCUUUACGUGGGCUAGUAACACCCUUCUAUCGCUUCACAGCAUCUGUUCCCAACCCUGUGCCACCUCCUCUUAGACCUUCAGUCCCUUUUGUCUCUACACCUCAGCCUGCUGUUGCAAGUCAGUUGUAUUCACCAGCAUAUCCCCAGCCUCCUGUUACUGUGAUUCCAAAUACCUUUACGCAACCAGUGUCAGCUGUUUCAAGGCCUGUUGUGAGAGCUCAACCACACAUAGUUCCUACUGUAAGCUAUUCUCAAGCUUCAUUUCAACCCCAAGUAAGUGCACAAUCACAUCAUGCUUCACAGCAAGCUCCAAUAAUGGCUCCACCACAGCCCCAAGUUGGUGCUACAGUAACUCCUUCAGCAGGUGCUCCACCACAACUCCCACUGACUAGGCAAGUAAUCAGUCAGCCUCUGCAACAUCCAAAUGCACCUCAACCUGUUCAUCAACAAAUGUAUAGGCCAGGGUUACUAAUGAAACAACCACCGGUUGCCUCCCAGUCAGUGAAUAUGCCAAGUGCAGAUUCUAGUACCAGUGCUCCACUGAAUCCUCUGGAUUUAAUUGAUUUUUACAAGGGCAACACAAAAACUAAGGAAAAGUCAAGAGAAGACGUACUGGAAAAGUCCUCAAAACAGAAGAAAUCAAAAAGUGAACCAAAGAAGGUAACUAACACAAAAGCAAGUGAUGAAUUGAAAAAAUCAGUCCAGCCUGAAUCUGUUCUUGCUCUGAGACCAGAUUGGACAAAGACAUUGAAAGUUACACGCCCUGAAACAUCACCUCUUGACAAAACUAAUUCUGUGAAAAUGAAUAGCUUCAGACUCCCAAGUAGAGUGAUUCCGAGGUUCAAAAGAACAAACCAAGAUAGUAUCCGAAAGUUCUUACUUUGGAGUCAUAUAAUGAUGGAAAGAUUAGAGGAUGCUAAUAUUAAAGUAAGAAAAAGGCUUGAAGCAGAUGUGGGUGAUGAUGAUGAUGAUGAUGAUGAAGUGCCUGAGGAAAUGUUGGAGUCUUCAGAUGAAGAAACAAGUGGUGGAAAUACGGAGGUUAAAGAAACACUAAGUCAAGCACAUGAAGAUAUGAAAGCAAGAGCACAAACUAUUGGUCAGAAAGUGUUUGAAGACUAUAUAAAUCAGAAAGUAGAGGGGAAGACUACAAAUACAAACAAACAAACAAAAACUGCAAAGAAUCAAGGACAAUCUAAAAAAGGGAAGGGUAAACAAGGGUUCGUUGAUAAAAAGGUGUUAGGUCAGUUGCUUAGGAAGUCCAUCGGCAUGGUGAAAUAUCAGUUUAGGAGAGCUAAUGUAGAUGCUGAGUUAGUUAGCAAAGGUAUGUCCUGGGCUAGAAAUGAGAUUGUGAAAAUGCUUGAACAAGAUGAGAAGAUGAUACUGACUGAAGUUGAUAAAGAAAGUGAAGCGGCAGAUAACCAUGGUCAGGCAGGUGAAGGCCUUCAGCAUAGGUCAGAUAACAGUGGUCAGUCAAGGGAAAACCUUCAGCAAAGAACAGAUAACCGUGGUCAGUCAAGGGAAAACCUUCAGCAAAGAACAGAUAACCGUGGUCAGUCAAGAGAAAACCUUCAGCAAAGAACAGAUAACAGUGGUCAGGCAGGUGAAGACCUUCAGCAAAGAACAGAUAACAGUGGUCAGUCAAGGGAAGACCUUCAGCAAAGAACAGAUAACCGUGGUCGGUCAAGGGAAGACCUUCAGCAAAGAACAGAUAACCGUGGUCGGUCAAGGGAAGACUUUCAGCAAAGAACAGAUAACCGUGGUCGGUCAAGGGAAGACCUUCAGCAAAGAACAGAUAACCGUGGUCGGUCAAGGGAAGACCUUCAGCAAAGAACAGAUAACCGUGGUCAAUCAAGGGAAGAUCUUCAGCAAAGGACAGAUUACCGUGGUCGGUCAAGUGAAGUCCUCUGGCAAAGGACAGAUAACCGUGGUCGGUCAAGGGAAGACCUCCGUCAAAGGAUAGUUAACCGUGUUGAGUCAAGGGGAGAACUUCAGCAAAGGACAGAUAACCAUGGUCGGUCAAGGGAAGACCUGUGGCAAAGCACAGAUAACUGUGGUCAGGAAGGUCAAGACCUUCAGCGAAGGACAGAUAAACGUGAACGGUCAAGGGAAGAAUUUCAGCAAAGGACAGAUAACCAUGGUCGGUCAAGAGAUAAAUAUCAGCAAAGGACAGAUAACUAUGGUCGGUCAAGAGAUAAAUAUCAGCAAAGGACAGAAAACCGUGGCCGGGCAUGUAAAGAAUAUGGGAAUGAAGAUGAAGAAUAUGCUCUGGCCUAUGUGGAUGAAGAUGGAGUUCGUGUGACAGAUGAUGGUUUUGUGAUGGGAGAAGAGAGAAUGGAUGAAGAAACUGAUGACGUGUAUCAUGGAAUGGAGCAAGGGUCAAGGAGGAAUAGGAUUAGGGAAGAGUCAAGAAGCCAUGGUCAAAGAGGCUAUGGAGGAGGAGGAACAAGAAGUGGUCACAGAAAUCUUGAUGAAAGAGACUUGCAGAUUCAUGACCAAGGUCAAGAUGAAUACUUUGAGGAUGAUAGAUUUUCUGAGGAAGAGUAUUUGGAAUAUAGAGAGGAUGACAGAAUUAGUUUGAGUAGUGGGAGGAACAGCAGUCACAGCAUGAGGAGGAAUGAGGAUAGAAGGUCUCAAAUAUUUGAGGAGCAAAUGCCAAGAGACUCUUUCUUGGAUGAAAGAAGACAUUUUAGCCCUCUCCAUAGCAGGUUUAGUGAGGGAUGCGAAGAUGAAUAUGAGGUGGAUAGGUAUCAAGUUUCUGAUGAGCUCAUUGAUGAAGGUCAUGGGCAUUUUGUUGAAGAUGAACGUUUUGUUGAAGUGGAUGAACGAUUUGUUGAAGAGGAUGAACAUUUUGUUGAAGACAUAGAUGAAGGAUAUGUACAUAGUGAGAGAGUUGUUGAGGUGGUCAAUUAUGAGGUGUUUGACGAUGAACAUGGAGAGAAUUUUGAUACAGUCCGGACAAAGAGUGCUCAACAGGACAGCACUGGGAGGGAGAGAAGAUUGGGCAGAGAUAGAGGAUUCUCAAAACAAAGUGAUGGCUUCAAGACAAAUAACUCAUUGAUUAGAGGUGAAAGAGGAGGAAAAGGAUUUUCAAAUCAACGUGACAGGUUCAAGACGGAUAACUCAUUGACUAGAGGUGGUCGAGGUCAAGGAUCCAUAGCAUAUGGCAAAAGUUCCAAUACAGAUGAAGCAUUGAGAUGGAGUGAGGUAGAAAGAAAGAGAGGUCAGGAAAUUUCUAAAUGUACUGAACAUUUCAGAGAAGAUUAUGUAAUGAAAAGGGAUAGAAAGGACGUAGUCAAUGUUGGUACCACAAAAUCUCGAAAGAUGCGUAGUAAGUGGAUUGAUGAUGAAGAUGAUCAUGAGCAUUCAGCAAAGGAUAAAGGUACUUGUAUCAAAGAUAAGAAUGGAAAGUUUCAGAAUAGACACUUCAUGGGAGGUAAAACUCAGGGAGACAAGGAUAACAGCUCCAAGACAAAGGGUCAGAGCUUGAAGAAUAAGGAAGUCACCUCGGAGCAGGUCAGCAGAGGUAACAAGGAAAGCAAAGGUGGCGAUAACACUGAGGGAAACGAGGGGAAGCAAUUGGAACAGCAAGAUGAUGAUAUCAGCGAGGGUAAUCUCAGUGGAGAUGGUAGCGUCUGUGACAUGGAUGACUUUGACAUGGAUGACAUUGACAUGGAUGACUUUGUUAUCAUGGAUGCAGUGUGAAUUGGAAACUCUUUAGCUAAUUAUCAUAAAGAUAAUGCUUUUGGAAGGAGUAGAUGCCUUUAGCCAUAGCCCAGCAGAACAAGCUGAAAUGAGUGAGGGUGAUCUCAGUGGAGAUGGAAACAUUGGUGAAUAUGUUACUGAUAAUGAGAAUAUUUUGUAGCAGGCAAUACUAUACAAGUUUGCAGAACCAAAGUCUAAAAGGCACAAAGUUGUCUGUAUAUUCAUCUGCUAUUACUGAAGAUGUCUGUAUGGCAAGAAGCUACCUCAGGAGUGACGGAUAUUCAGGAACUAGAAUCUUAUCUUAGAGAGGAACGGGUGAGCCAUUAUGACUACAGAGAUGACUUGUUGGUGCAGUCCAUGUAUUCCAUCCGUUUAUUUCUCUCCAUUUGUUUGCUCCCCUUGGGGAUGGUGGGUACCCAAAAAUUCCUUCCAAUACCACACCUCUAUUACAUCAUAGCCAUAAAUUCCCAUUUUGACUGUCGUGACACUAUAUAAUCUUAUUCACAGCCAAACUAUAUUCUGAUUAGUUUGGAGGUAAACCCUAUCCUUAAGCUUAUGCGUGCAGGAAGUGGGAAAAUGCCCAUUGUUUCCUGUGAGUGCUGAAGUAGACCAAUGUCUGGUGAAUUCCUGCUGGAAUAUGUUGCUGAAAUCCAUUCUCACCGUUGAUUUGUCUGAAGUUGUCGAAUGUGAUGUUUACUCAGAAAUCCAUAUUGUUGUAGCAAUACUUGAUGUAAUGGUGGACGGAUGAGGCCAAUAACUGUAGAAAGAUGUAUUUGUGAUUAUGCAUGAUCAUUUUAGUGAUUAUAUCAUUAUAAGAUGUGUGUUAUUUCAAGUUUCACAUACAAUGUUGUUAUGCUCCAAGUGGACCCUGCAUUUCUUUAUACCCUGUUGCCCAGUAAUCUAAAGCGCUGUGGAGUUGCAUCAGCUGUGUCUUUGGUUCAAGUCUGAAAACCUCCUCGAUUAUGAUCCUUGGCCAUUCAGCACUAUACCUGUCGGCUUCUAUGAGCUGACAACCUGUGUCCCUUUUGGCGUGCCACCCACUUGAAGUUGACAAGCCAUCAUAUGACUGAAAUACUGUUCAAGCAGUAUUAAGUCUAAUGCCCUCACUCCCUUUUGUUUUAUUUUGGUCUCCCAUUGAAGGUUUUGUGACUCUCAAUCAAAUGGACUACCUUGUUAAAAGUGAAUUUACCUCCUUUGCACAAUCCCAAAUUUCUUACCUCCAAGAACUAGAAAGGAGCUUUUGUAUUGCCAAGGAAUAUUUGAGUGAUUUUGACCAUUCUGUUGUUUGUACACACUGCUUUUAUAUAUGUAUUGUGAAAAGUGUGAUCCUUGUAUUAAUACAUGAAAUAGACGAAAUAGCUGAUUUUGUUUUUCGGUGUUGUCAUGUUUCUUCAUAUGUUUUUAAUGUUUGAAAGAUUGUUGCCUUCAGUGCUUUUAUUAUUCCAUCUUCUUUGUUGAGAGCUGAAAACAGAAGUACUCCUAAUGCAAUAGUCUGCUGUUUUCUCUGUUUCACCCUUCAUUGUUGAAAGUGUGUAUCUGUACAGAGCAUUGACCAAACAAUUCACAGCAUACCAAUAUGACACAACCAGAUUAAAGAUGUCAUCAUCAUCAUCAUCAUCAUCAUAAAUCAUCAUCAUCAUCAUUAUCAUCAUGAACCAGUCUAUUCAUUCUUCUAUUUCUUUGUUAAUUCCAUUUCCAAAAUCAUGCUUGUGAUUAGUUCACUUAAAGUGUCUCUUUGUUGAUUUUCAACAUUUUAACCCGAAGGUGUAUGGUCAUAAAGCUUGAUCAAUUUAUUGUCCUUUAAACAAGCAUAAAGGUUCACUUACGUUAGUAUGACCGACGUCUUUGAUGGUGUUAUUCCAAAAUUAACAUUUAUAUAUUUGCGUUAGUCCUAUUUGGGCUGGUCUGUUGGUAAACAAAGUAAAUAUAAAUACAACUUCAGUUUUCAACUAUUCUAUACAUUGUGACUGCCUCCUUGGUGUAGUGGAUAGAGCGGAAGGUCAGUGUUUCGACCAUGUCUCAACAAAAGACAUCAAAAGAUGGUACUUUGUUUUACACUACCUGGCGCUCUGCACAACAGAAUAAAACAAGGAUUGGUCGGCUUGGAGUCAGUGUAUUGUGUCUGAGUGGGUAUCCAUUGUUAACUGUGGCAUGCUGUAGAAUUGGUGCUCACACAGACACGCGAACACACAUACACACACACACACACACACACACACACACACACACACACACACAUACACGCACACAGGCAUGCAUGCACAUCUGUUUAUAAGUGCAAUAAUCUUGAAUGCGACAUGAAACCCCAUUUCACCUUACCUUCUGCAUUGUGGUGCACACUCAUUAUGAUGUUAUUGUUCAUGUAACUGUAAUUAAUAACUCCUUAUUGCAACAAUUCAUUUUAAACAUUUUAAUUUUGAACUCAUGCAUAUCUCACACUGUCAGUUAUUCAUAUAGAUAUGCAACAACCGGGAUUUGCUCUAUAUGUCUGUAGUGAUUUAGACACACACACACACACACACACACACACACACACACACACACACAAAAAAAAAUGACACUAAGUGCAAAAUCUUGAAUGUGACGUGAAACCCAAUUUUACCAUCUGCUUCAUGGUGAACACUCAAGGUGAGGUUAUUGUUCAAGUAAUCUUAAACUGUCAGUUACACAUAUAGAUAUGCAACAACCUUAAAAGGAGUAGGGUUUGGGAUUUGCUAUAUGUGACUUUAGUGAUUCUAUUUCAGUAUAUUUCCUCUAAUUUGCUGUAUAUCCUGCAUGAGAUGAGGAUUAUGUGUAUAUAUCAUGGGGUCGGAAGAAAAUAAGUGAUGAUGUGUUCAAUAUUCUUUUUCAUGUUAACUGAUAGAUUUGAUAUGAAAUCACUUUCAAUUAACUUGACAAAAGAGAGAGACUUCUAUACAUAACUUCAUUGUAAACAUGAUCAAUAGAUUCUUGAUCAAUAUGAUGUAUUCUUCUGUACAGUAAUAAAAUAUAUCGAUGACAAA